CCUGCCCCCCGCAUCUCCCCAGGCACUCCCACUGCCCCUGGGGGGCUGGAGUCCCGCCUGUCCGCGAGGAUUGACAUGUAUCAGACGGCCAUCAGCAGCGCCAAGGCAGCGGGGGAGAGCAGCCGGGCGCGGAGAUGCGAGAGAGGCUUGAAGACUCUGCAGUCCAUGCUGGCGUCUGUCCGGAAGGGGAAACCGAUCAAUGAGGAUGAGAUCCCGCCCCCUGUGGCCACAGGCAACCACCCUGCCCCCUCCGAGCCCCCCACCUCGGCGGAUAGGACCCACAGAUUGGAUGAGCCAAUCAGAGAGCAGGACCAGCAGCAAUCCCAGGAGGCGCCCGUCCCCUGCUCCAAAAGGAGCGCCCCUCCCACCUUACCCAAACCCAGCCUCCUGCCCCCACCACAGCGUUCCCUAGCAACGACCCCAGAGACGCCCUUAAUCUCCCCUCUGACCCCCAGUCAGCCUGAGGGACCGGAACAUACAGGGGUGAAGGCGGUGCUUCUAAGCAGGCAGAGGGAGUACAAACUCGCAGCUUUGCAGGCCAAGCAGAGUGGGGACACCGAGCUGGCCAAGAGACACUACGGAAUCGCCAAGAAAUUUGAUCCCAUCCUGGAGGCUGUGGACAGAGGGGAGCCGGUGACCCUUGGGAGUAUACCUCCCCCUCCUGGAGAUGCUGUGAUUGACAGCCCAGCCCCUCCUACCCAGCCCCCAGCUCCAGCCCCCCCAGCAGCGCCACCUGUGGCGGACACUGAUGCUAUACUGUGUCAAUACCAGGACGCCAUCAAAGCCCACAAGGCUGGCCGCCCGGUCAACCUGUCUGAACUGCCUGUCCCCCCAGGGUGCCCUCCAGUACAGGGGUCAGAGGGCAGUGGUGGAGAUCAGAGCAUCAUGGGAGUGCUUGAGACAGCUAUGAAACUGGCCAAUCAGGAUGCAGAUGCUGAGGAAGAGGAAGGGCCAGGGGAAAAAGUGAUGAAGCCCGAGGUACAGCCAGUUGCCAAGCGACAGGCAGGAUCAGCCCCGUCACGCCCCAGCCUCCAGGCCACCCGUGAGGGCGGAGCUGACACCCCUAAACCCAAGCUGGGGGCGAAGGCCCAGCAGCAGCUGGACUUCCUGCAGACUCGCAGACAGCAGUUCCUGCGCGCAGCGCUGCGCUCCAAGCAGCAGAAGGACCUGCAGGGGGCAGCACUGCAACUGCGCCACGCUAAGGGCCUGGACCCCAUGAUCAAUGCGGCCAAGAGCGGGCUGCCUGUUGACAUCACCAAGGUGCCUCCGGCUCCGGUCAGCGUGGAUGACUACACCCUGGUCCAGUCACGCAGCGCCCCGGUGUCGGCCCGCAGCGCCGAGCAGUACGCCCAGCUGAUGGACCGCCUGCGGCAGCAGCACAAGAAAUGUCUGAGUUACUCUGAGCAGUUCACACACCUGGGCAAUGUCACUGAAACGAGCAGGUUCGAGAAGAUGGCGGAGGAGUGUAUGAAGAGCAUCGACAUGCUGAAGCAAGCGCUGCAACAUGGCUGCCCUGUUCCCAAGCACCACACAGAGGAGAGGACCUUCAACAUCAUUAAGAUCUUCCCUGAGGUGAACAGUAACGAGCUCCUGCUGACGAUAGUGAAGGGCAUCAACCUGCCAGCGCCCACAGGGCUGUCGAACGAACUGGACUCCAGCGUACGGUUUGAGUUUCCCUUUCCCAGCUUGGAGGAAGCUCAGAGAGACAGGACGCACACAGUGAAGAACACCAACUGCCCAGAGUUUGGGGAGAAUUUCAAGCUCAACAUCAACCGGGGUCAUCGGGCAUUUAAGAGGGUUGUCCAGUCAAAGGGCAUCAAGCUGGAGGUUGUCCACAAGGGUGGUCUGUUCAAGAACGACAAGGUUGUCGGCACAGUGCAGUUGAAGCUGGAGGCCCUGGAGUCGAGGUGUGAGAUCAGAGAGCUGCUGGAGGUGCUGGAUGGCCGCAAGUCCACUGGGGGGCACCUGGAGGUGCGAGUGCGGAUCAGGGAGCCUCUGGGUGGACAGCAGCUGGAAACUGUUACUGAGAAAUGGCUGGUCAUUGACCCCGUGCCCCUGCCCUCGGUGUCCAUCUCCAAAUCCAGACCCCCUGGUGAUCCGGUGAAGAACUCCAGACCCCGCGGCGAUCCAGUGAAGAACUCCAGACCCCCUGGAGAUCCAGUGAAGAACUCCAGACCCCCUGGAGAUCCAGUGAAGAACUCCAGACCCCCUGGAGAUCCAGUGAAGAACUCCAGACUCCCUGGAGAUCCAGUGAAGAACUCCAGACCCCGUGAAUCCAGUGCCAGCCACUCCGCCUCCUACAAGCUGCACAGCCUGAAUCUGCUCAAGUAUGACAAGGACAGAUUGGAGAAGAAGAUAGCGGAGUGCCGUCAUUCCAGGCGCGAUCCUCCCACCGAUCUGCUGUCCCAGUACCAGGAUGUGUGCCAGCGAAUCCAGUGGCAGCGCGGACUGCUGGAGCACCCCUCUCCCACCCUGCAGCGUGAUUAUGAAGCAGUGCUGAAUCACUUCAGGAAGAGGCUGGAAGAGUCAAUCAAACAGUACAGCACUGAGGGCAACAGGGUGAGUUACUGAGUGAGAA